AUGACGGGGGAGACGCUGGAGCGGGUCUUCUUCGCGCGGUUGGCGCGCGACGACGGCGGCGGCGGCGGCGCGAACGCGGGGUUCGACGAGCGCGCGGAACCGUACGCGUGGACGGUGGAGACGUACCGGCGGGCGACGGAGGAACAUCGAAGGUUGGGGACGAAGAGCGAUGGGGCGUCGACGGCGGCGCGGGAGGAGCUGCAGAGUUGCAUGGAAUUUUGCGCGUCGUACGGAGGGUUGUUGUUGAAUCCGGCGCUCGCGGGGACGUUUCCGCAGAGCGAGUGGGCGGCCGGGCGAGGGGCGUGUCAGUUGUUGGACGCGAUGCGGACGGUGGGUGGGAUACCGCACGGAUAUUUGGAGCGAUUGGCGACGCGGUGCGAGGACGAAGGUUUGGACGAAAUCGCCGAGCGCGUGUUCGACGAGUUGCGCGUGUCGACGCGAGGGAUGAGUCCGUUGGGGGAGUUUGACGAGCACUUAAAGGUGAUGUAUCAGCUGUGCUCAGUGAAAGCGUUCGCGACGGCGCUCGUGAAGCACAAGCGGUGGGUGCCGAUGAAGAGUCAUCUGAGCGCGAUUAACGGGAGGCAGUUUGAGACGGAGAGCGUGCUCGGUUGGUUCUUCAGACCGAGCGUGUUGCCGGACAUUCUCGGAUGCGGCGAGCCCGACUGCGUGGGCCCGUACUUUAGUAACGUCACGAAGCGAUUGAAGCGAGACGUGGAGGCGUCGUACGGCAUGUUACGAGGCUGCGGCAAUCGCCUGGUCGAGGGACUGUAUCAGAUUCUCUUUGUCAUGUUGAAACACGGUGGCGACGUUCGCCAGGGCGUGCUGAACUACCUAGAUGCGUUCAUGCGCGUCAACGCCGGGCGUGGCAAGAUGCGCAUCCAUCCUCAAGUCGUCGCGUCGCACGGUGGUGCGCACAAUUUGAGCAUGGUGGCGUUGCGUCUGGCGAUGCCGUUUUUGGAUCCGCAGAGCGGCAAGUACGACAAAAUCAGCCCGGCGUACGUACGAAGUCGCGCGUGCAGGAUCAAUUUGACGGACGAGACGCGCGUCGCGUGCACCGCGGACGAAGCUGUAGCGGCUAAAUUGUCGACGUCGGAAGACAAAGAAGAUUGGGGAUUCAUUUGCGAGUGCUUUUACAUCACCGGACGAGCGUUGCAUUUGGGCUACGUCAAGUGCAUCGCCGAAUACGCGGCGUGCACGCGCGAGAUCCAAGACAUGCGAGAGGCGGUGCGGGAUUUACGAGGAAUGUUAGACCAGCAAUUGAUGAGCUCGCCCGAGCGAGAGCGGUACGAGCGCAAACACGAAGAGAUGACUGCGGAGAUUGAGCGCGCACUCGAAAGAAAUUUGCAAUUCGACUGCGCGCUUCGCGAUCCGCGGCUGAUCAGCGAGGCGAUGCAGUACUAUCGUCUCGUCGCUGUUUGGCUCAUGCGUAUCGUCGCCACGAAUGGGGACUACGAGGCCGGGAACGGAUUCACCUUUGCUCAAAUCACCAUGGACAAGUUCCCUCAGACGUGUCCGGUGGCGUUCGGGUGCUUGCCCGAGUACGUCAUCGAGGACUUGGUGGAGUUCAUUCUGUACAUCUCUCGCUACGCCCCCGACGCGCUCGAUCACGAGCCGUUGGAUGAGAUUAUGAACUUCUUCAUCACAUUCAUGGGCAACACGGCAUUCGUGAAGAAUCCGUACUUGCGAUGCAAAUUCGUCGAAGUCUUGCGCCACUGGAUCCCGUUUGAGGAUGGCUACCAAUCGCAAAAGCUCAUGACCUUAUUCGAGGUGAACCCGGUGAGUUUGAAGAACUUGAUUCCGAGUCUGCUGUAUCUCUACGUCGACAUCGAGUUCUCGGGAGGCGCGAACCAGUUCUACGAAAAGUUCAACGUUCGAUAUCAAAUCGGUGAGCUUUGCGAAUACUUGUGGUCCGUGCAAUCGCACCGAAACGCAUGGAUCAAGCUCGCGAGCGAAGACCCUGAAUUUUACACUCGAUUCCUGAACAUGCUCAUCAAUGAUGCAAUUUACUUACUAGACGAGGCGAUGAAAAAGCUUCCGGAGGUGCGCCAGACGGAGACGGACAUGCAAGACCAGGCGGCGUGGGAGGCGCGUCCGCAGCAAGAGCGCGAGGAACGCGAGAGCGAGUUUCGCCAGACACGGCGUCAUUUGCGAUCUAACCUCACGCUCGCCAUGGUGCACGUACGCAUGAUGGCGUACACUUCGUGUGACAUCGCACAUCCAUUCUUACGCCCCGAGAUGGUCGAACGUGUCGCUGCGAUGCUGAAUUACUUCUUGCUCUUCCUCGCCGGUCCCGAGCGCCGAAAGCUGAAGAUUAAAAAUCCCGAAAAGUACGGCUGGGAACCUAAAGAGCUUCUCGGCAUGAUCACCGACAUUUACGUCCAGAUCUACGCCGCGGACAAGGACAAAGCGUUCAUCGCCGCCAUCGCCGCCGACGGCCGGUCCUAUCGCGACGAAGUCAUGCUCGAAGCCGCCGCCAUCGCGCGCGGUUUGCAGCUCCGCUCCGAGCGGCGCGUCGCCGCGUUCGAGAAACUCGCCGCCGACGCCCGCACGCGCGCCUCCGAGGACGAAGAAGAGGAGACCGAUCUCGGCGACAUUCCCGACGAGUUCCUCGACCCGAUCUACUGCACCCUCAUGCGCGAUCCGGUCAAACUUCCCAGCGGGCACUCGUGCGACAGGAGCAUCAUCACUCGACACUUGCUCAGCGACGAAACCGACCCUUUCUCGCGCCAACCCCUCACCGCGGACCAGCUCGUCCCGGACGACGACUUACGCGAGAAGAUCGCCGCCUUCAUCGCCGAUCGCAAAUCCGCGUCCGGGCGUUAG